AUGCAUCUCUCCAAGUUCCUUGCCCUUAGCGCAGCCACGCUGGCUUUCGCCCACCCGGGCGAGAAGCACGACAUGAAGACCGUCAAGCGCGAGAUUCAGCUUCGCGAUGCUCUGGCCGCCAGAGCUCAACAGGGUGUGAACGCUUGCUCCUCUUCCCAAGCUGCCCAGCAGGUUCAGCAACGCAGCAUCGCCCGUCGCGCGAAGACUGCGAAUGAGCUGCGUUCCAAGCGCGGAAUCACUUCUGCCCCGCAGAAGUGGCGUCGUGAUCUCGCUGCCCUCGAGAAGUGGGAAGCCAUCAACCACAACAAGACUGGCCUUGUGCACCACGGCCUCAACGCCGAUGCCGCUAUCUUUGGCGCCAACACCAGCUCUAUUUUGACUCCUACCGUGACCGACGGUCCCUACUACGUCUGGGGUGAGGUCAUUCGUCAGAAUGUCAAAGAGGAGAAGUACUGCGAUGGUGUCGAUGUCUACCUCGAGGUGCAAUACAUUGACGUGAACACCUGUCUUCCUGUCCAGGGAGCUCUAGUGGACAUCUGGAACGCCAAUGCCACCGGUGUCUACAGCGGUAUCUCCACCAGCGGCAACUACGCCGCCGACGGCUGGGACUCGACCUACCUUCGUGGUAUCCAAGAGACCAACGAGGACGGUGUCGUGACCUUCAGCACUAUCUUCCCCGGCCACUACGACGGCCGCGCCACCCACACCCACCUCCUCACCCACCUCAACUCCACCAUCAACCGCAACAACGGUACCCUGCAGGUCGGUACCGGCAGCGUCGCCCACAUCGGCCAGCUGUUCUGGAACGAGGUUCUCCGCUCCGCCGUCGAGGCCACCUACCCCUACACCACCAACACUCAGGCCGUCACUACCAACGCCGAUGAUAUGUGGAGUGUCCUCCAGGCUUCCUCCGCCUACGACCCCUUCCCGGAGUACAUCUACCUCGGUGACAGCCUCGAGGAUGGUCUCUUCGCCUGGAUCCAGAUCGGUAUCAACACCACGGCUGAUUACACCGACAACUCUUACUACAGCAUUGCGGCUUACUACGAUGAGACUGGCGGCCACCAGAACAUCGACAGCUCCGCCUUCGGUGGUGGCGGUGGCUCUGGCUCGGGCGAUGCCAUGCCAUCUGGUUCUAUGAGCGGUGCGCCCUCGGGUUCCGCGGGCGCUACUCCUACCCCGAGUGCUUGA